AUGUCCACGGGUUUAGGCUUUAAAAUCGAGGCCUCACCAAACCAAAUUACCAUUGGUGUGACGCGAUAUCUAACGGUAAACUGUACGACCACAGCUGACAGUAUUUCUGGAAUGGCCAGCCUCCUGUCUCUCAUCAUCUACCGAUCACAUGGAGCAGACGACACCAACUUCAUAGAACUAGAUUCCAUCAACGUCUUCCAGUCUUCUGGUCACGUGAUAGAAAACACCCGCGACAACCAAACAUCAACAGUCAGUGAAAUAAGGAAUAUGAACUCUAAAAUAGAACAGUUGAGCAAAGUCGAUGACAAUCAGAACAGAGCAAUAUAUGGAAUAAACAGCUCUGUGGAAAACAUGAAGACUAGACAGGAAAUGUGGAACAGUCGUAUAGAGUCUAUUAAAAGAUUGUUAUUUAAAGAUUCGACAACAUACGGCCAACAUCGUUACUACCUCUCUUACCCGAGACCUGAUGCACAAAUAAAACACUACGAGGCAGCUUUGCACGGGUUGACCUUAGAUGUGGCCCCUGCCACGGUUGAAAUCGGGGUCACCAGAACCUUGCAGGACUUUCCUGACCAAAACAAAGCCGGAGUUUACAGAUGUGAGGUCAACGGUGUGGACCGCGGUGGACAUCCGGUUUCUGUCACCACAGGUCAAACAGUGACCAUCGUCAGUCCCAGUGUUGACGUCUUGGUCAAACAGGUCCAGGUUUUGACCAGCUACAUCGAACAGGUUCACUCGAUGGUUGAGGUUUUACACAAUUAUAAUCUCAAUAAUCGAAUCACUCAAAUCGAUGCUAACGUACAUAGUUUACUUAAUCAGAAUUUAAACAGUCGAAUAGAUCAAGUAAACGCGAAUGUUCGAGAUUUGCAGACUUACAAAACCUUGUGGAACGCAAGACUAGAAACUAUGAAGAACUCACUUUUUCACGUGUCUCCACAAUACGCUGAAAACGGGCAUCUCUAUCUUUUAUCUAAUAGACUUUACACAGUAGACAUAAGCCGUGCUCAGGCUACCUGUAUUCAAUACGGUGGCUACGUAGCUGAAGUCGACACCUAUGAUGAAAUGCAGUUUAUUAGAAGUUUUAUAUCAGGAUACACUGAUAUAUCUGUUGUUCUUAUUGGAGGUAGCGAUGAAGCAGUUGAAGGACACUGGGUUAACCAACACAAUGGUACACCGACCUACCUGAGCUGGGCAAACGGACAGCCGAACGCUGGAACUAGUGAAACUGUUUGUACUUAUGGAGGGGAGGAAACCUACAAAUGGCAGAUGAUUAUUGUUAUUUUAAGGGUUACGAGUAUCAUGUUUCGUUUCUAUGUGAAUUACCACUGUUGA